CUCUCUUUAAUUUUUGUUUGGUGGUUGCAAAGAGGUGAAAAUUCUCCAACUCCAAUUCACCCCCCCUCUUGGAGUGCAUUGAGUCAACAAUUGGUAUCAGAGCAAGGGCUCCAAUUUGAAGGUUUAACCACCUAGGAGUUGAUCGGGGAUGGCUCAAUUUCAAUCUUCUCAACCACCUGAAGGUUUGUCUACCACUAAGCCUCCUUUCUUUGAUGGUACUAAUUAUAAUUAUUGGAAGAAUAGGAUGAAGGUCUUCAUGCUUGCAAAUGUGCCCAAGGCAUGGGUUGUGACUAUGAAAGGUCCAUAUGUACCUAUGAAAAUUGUUGGAGAAAGAGAGGUUCCAAAGGAAGAGAUUGAUUGGAAUGAUGAAGACUUGGAGAAGAUCAUGAUCAACAAAAAAGCAAUUAGUAUGCUUCAAGGUGCUCUCAAUCCAACGGAAUAUCAUAGAGUCUCUGGGUGUGAUACAGCUAAGGAGAUGUGGGACAUGCUAGAAGUCACACAUGAAGGAACAAGCCAAGUAAAGGAGUCAAAAAUCAAUAGACUCAUUUACAUGUAUGAGCUUUUCAAGAUGAAACCGGAAGAGAGCAUUCAAGAUAUGUAUACAAGAUUGAAUGAUAUAGUCACCAAUCUCAAGGUUCUUGGUAAAGUCUAUCCUCCUCAAGAAGUGGUGAGAAAGGUUUUUAGAAGCUUGCCUAAGAGUUGGGAAGCCAAGAAGGCUGCAAUUGAAGAAUCUAAAGAUCUCAACACUCUCAAGCUUGAAGAUCUCAUUAGAAAAUUGAUGACAUAUGAGAUAGAAGUUCAAGUUGAUGGUGGAGUUGAAGUAGUUGAGAAGAAGAAGAAGGAUGUUGCAUUCAAGGCUUGCAAACAAAAUGAAGAAAGUGAAGAUGAUACUCGCAAUGAUGAGUCUAGCAAUGAAGAGGACAUCACCAAAUUGGUUUCAAAAGAAGUGAAGAAAUACAUGAAGAAGAGCCUCAAAGGGAAAUCCUCUAGAAGAAACAAGGAAAUUCACUAUUCUAGAGGAAGACAAUGUAGUGAUGAUGAUGAUGAUAGAGGAAAGCCAAGUAAGAAGCACAUCAAAUGCUAUGAGUGCAACAAGAUGGGGCAUUAUAGAAAUGAAUGCUCUCAAUUGAAGAAGAGUGAGAGGAAAGACAAGAAGAGCAUGAAGAAGAAAGCUUUUGUUGCCACUUGGAGUGAUGAUGAAACUAGCUCAACGGAAAGUGAAAGCUCCUUGGAGAAUGGUGUUGCAAAUCUUUGCUUCAUGGCUCAAGAGAUAGCUACAAUGAUGAAGAGGUAAACUCUAACUUCUCUAGUUCAAUUAAUGAAAGUUCUUUUGAGUAUUCUUAUAAUGAUUUAUGAAAAGUUCUUGAUUGCUUUAUGAAUGAUAUCAAGAAACUAGGGAAUGAGAAUCUUGCUCUUACUAAAACCAUUUCAUUGCU